AUGAUUGUGCUGGAUGAUGAUGAUGAUGAUGAUGAUGAUGAUGAUGAUGAUGAUGAUGAUGAUGAUGAUGAUGAUGAUGAUGAUGAUGAUGAUGAUGAUGAUGAUGAUGAUGAUGAUGAUGAUGAUGAUGAUGAUGAUGAUGAUGAUGAUGAUGAUGAUGAUGAUGAUGAUGCUGAUGCUGAUGCUGAUGCUGAUGCUGAUGCUGCUGCUUGA